AUGGUUAUGAUUAUAUUUCAGCAUAUGAUCGAAAAAAAUCUUUGGAUUCAAUUAGUUAAUAUUGUUUGUGCACUUCAUCGAAAUAAUAUAGUUCAUCGUGAUUUAAAACCAGCUAAUCUAGUAUUCUUUGGUUCAACGCUAAAACUUGUUGAUUUUGGUAUUGCACAAGAUGCAUCUGCACAAUAUAAUCCACAUCAGCGAGGUGGUAGUCAUCCUUAUAGUGCACCAGAAUGUUUUGUAUACUAUAUGCCUAUAACAUCAAAAGCUGACAUCUGGUCUAUAGGGGCUAUUUUAUAUUAUUUAACAUAUGGAACAUCUCCUGUUUAUGAAAGUGCACAACCUCCAUCAGGUUAUUCACCUACUCAAUCAAAUCUUGUGCAAGAUAUUCUAUACCAUAGUCUUCAACGAGAUCCAAAUCGGCGAGUAGAACAUCGGUGGCUUGUUGAACAUCCAUUGACAAAAAGUAAUGCAAUAUUUUAA